AUGCAUCGUCCUGGGCGGCUGGGUGCGCCGGGCCCCGCUAGCCGCGCACGGCCGGAGCGUGCUGUACCACAACGCGUGUGGUCAGGCGGACCAUUACAGUCGCAGAGCCGCACUGUAAAGUCGUCGCAUAAUCAGCCAGCCACAGCCACAACGACGACACCAACAACGGCUCCACAUUCUGCUUCGUAUCCACUACGCUGCAGUUCCCUGAUGGCCCAAGAUCCAAGCGACAGCACGCCGUCCUCGCCCCUGCAGUCUUCUUCCUCGCUCGUCCAGCAGCAGCAGCAGCAGCAGCAGCUCAGUGGAGUGGGCAACGGGGCCCUCCCUGUGCUGGAAGGUCCGCUGCCGGCAGAGAUACGGGAGAUUAUCUACAGCCACUGUGAUGGCGACACAGCAGAUGUGGCGGAGCGGCACGCCAGGCGUCUGCUGAGCACAAACCGCCGCGUUCGUGUGUACCGUGAGGAGCUGCAGAGUGCAGUGGAGGAGGUGGGCGAUGUGACGCAGCUUGUGCAGCGCCACCAGGUGGUGCAGGACGCCCUUCGGGUGGAGAUGCGCGAACUGGAUGCCAAAAUUGAGCAGCUCGUUCGUGAGAGAAAGCUGUGCGAGCUGCAGCUGCGCCAAGAGGAGGAGCAGCAGCAGCGGAAGGAGUCAAAGCUUCGCGAGGCGAACGAACGUGUGGGUGUUCUCCGUUCGACUAUAGACGCCAUCACGAAGGAGUCGAUGGCAGGAUACGUGCUGCUGCGGCAGUUAGUGCCAAACCUACACGUUGACAACUACGUCUCAUAG